AUGGGUUGUGGCGAUUCCAAAGCGACCAAUGUAUCGGCUGCUCAACAAGGGCGCCAGCCACAAGCGGCACCGAAAAAAACUGAAGAGCCAGUCAAGCCACAGGCAUCCAAUUCAGUACCCGUUAAAGAACCACCUAAAGAAGAAGUUAAACCGGUGGAAGAAGUUAAGAAAGCGGAAUCACCUCCUCCUCCUCCUGAAGAGAAAAAAGAAGAGGUAGCCGAAACUCAACAGCAAUCACCUGAAGAACAGAAAGAAGAGCCGGUAGAAACAACAGCAGAACCGACUAUUGCAGAAGAAGUCAAGGAAGAGGUAAAGGAAGAAGAAACCAACGAAGUACCGACAGAACAGGCCAAGGAAGAUACUACCGAUAAUAAGUCAACUACAGACGCUCCUGCCGCAGAAGAAUCUGUAGCAACUUCUGAAAAACAAGAUUCUGUUAGUGUGAAAGAAGAAGCAACACCAGAGACGACACAAGAGACAACGCAAGAGGCAGCCCAAGAGACGGCCCUAGAGACGGCCCAAGACACAGCGCAAGAGACAGCCCAAGAACAAAGUAAUGAGGCUGCGGAAGAAGUAAAAUCUGUAGGAAAAGGAUCGGUUGCAGCUGCAGAAAGUAACGAGCAAGAAGUAUCUAAUGAAGCCGAUAAAGCUGAUAGUCAAUCAGAAGCAGGCGUUAUCGCAGCCACGCUUAAUGUACCAGAUACCGAAUUGACAGGAUUCAAGAACGAUUUCUUGAUAGAAAUAAAUGAGUAUCGUACCAAACAUAAGUCUGAACCAUUAGCUUGGUCGACCGAGUUGGCGGCCAAAGCUCAACAAAAAGCUAACGACCUUAUUGAUGAAGAAAGCAUCAAAACUACUCCCGUAGAUGAAUACGGUGAAAGCUUAGCCAUGUACUUAGUUGAAAGUGAUGGCAAUGAUGAUGGCGUUUCAGGAGAUAUGAUAGCGAGAAUGUGGUACAAUGAAAAAGACCUCUACAACUUUGAAUUACCUGGAUUUAUUAAUAGUGCUCAACACUUUAGUCAGCUUGUUUGGGCAUCUACAGAAAAGAUCGGUAUCGCACAUCAAUGUACCCCUGAUGGUCAAUCGAUCAUUGUAGCACUGUAUUCACCUCGCGGCAACAAGGAAGGAGAAUUUGAAACGAAUGUAAAAGUUGUUGAUGAGAGCAUAACUGACGAAGAAGUAGCCGAUCCAGAUGGUGAAUUGGACAAGUUACAAAAAGAUUGUUUCAAAGCACAUAACAAAUAUCGUCGUAUGCAUGGAUCGUCAGCAUUAUCUUGGUGUAAUGACUUAGCAGACAAAGCGAAGACGUGGACUGAUAAUAUUGCCCAGGAAGGCAAGGUUAUUCGAAAUGAUGAAGAUAAUGAUGUUGGAGAUAGUAUGGGAAUAUUUUCCUUUAAGAAAACUGUCCCUGAGAUUUCAGGCAAGAAAGUAGCUGACGAUUUCUAUAACCAAAAGGAAGAGUACGACUUUACACUCCCUGGCUACAAAAGCAAAGCUGCCAAAUUCACGCAAAUGAUUUGGUCUGGUAGCAAAGAAAUUGGAAUUGGAGUGUCGAAAAAGAAUAGUAAAACCGUUGUUGUCGCAUAUUACAGCCCUAAAGGUAACGUUGAAGGCGAAUUUCAAAACAACGUCGUUGACGUUGACAAUAAUUAACUCAUUGUCAUAAAAAUCAUGAAGUAAAUCAUAAGAUCAAAUUAUGCAUGCAACUGAUUGAAUCACUGCAGGGCUUGCUGUUAAAUAACAAUAUGACGAUAUAGAAUUAACUUGAAGCCAACUUUUAUUACGUGUAACUUUUUAACUAGACUGUGAUUUAUUCAUAUCGAUGUGUAUAAGUUACUCGUAUGAAUAUAAACAGAAAAAUUGUUGAUGAUUUGACUGCAUGAGAGAGAAUUUUGUCGCAUAAUCAUAAUAAUAAUACAUUAAUAGAUGUAAAGUUCUAGUCGAUUUAUAAGUAAUCUUUUUUUUUUGCUCUUGACGUUAUUAAAGUCUUUCUAGAUAACUUAAAAGGUCAGACAUUAGCAAUUUGUCUUUAAACCCAACUGUACAAGACUCUUUUAAUAGUAUUGUACCUAUUAUUCAUUGUGCUAGUCUUUAUCCUGCUAUAUAAUUUCUAUGUGACAAGUGGAAGUAACUGUGUAUUAUUUCUACUGCUAAGUUAUUGCAAAACCAACCUUUAUAUACAAAAACUAAAUAAAG